GCGGAAGUGUUGGCGGAGCGCGGACGAGCAGGCUACAGGAACAGACUGUGAAAACACGCAGUGCUGCACCAUGGGAGUGGGACUUGAGGCUUGGUACAUAGACAGCUCUGACGAAGACCACAGGAUGCCGCACAAACUGAGCCCGAACCAGCCGGUGUCCCUGGAGGAGUUACAGAAGCUGGGCGUUUUCCACUGGAAGCUGAACGCUGAUAUCUACGAAACGGAUCCCGAGUUGGAGCAGAUCCGCAAAGACCAAGGUUACUCCUACAUGGACAUCAUCACCAUUCGGAAGGACACACUGCCCAACUAUGAGGAAAAGCUGAAGAUGUUCUUUGAGGAACAUCUCCACUUGGAUGAUGAGAUCCGCUACAUCCUGGAUGGCCAUGCCUACUUUGACGUCAGGGACAAGGAGGACCGCUGGAUCAGGAUCGCCACGACCAAGGGAGACCUGAUCACCCUGCCGGCCGGCAUUUACCACCGCUUCACCCUGGACACGAACAACUACACUAAAGCCAUGAGACUGUUUGUGGGGGGGCCUGUGUGGAAAGCUUACAACAGGCCUGCUGAUGACUUUGACAUCCGGAAGAAGUACUUGGCCUUUCUGCAGGCUUCCUGAGAAAGACUUACAGGAAACUAUACGCUCAACAAACUGGAUUCCAUAUGUUAACCAGAUCUGUGGUUCAUAAUGUGAUUCUCCCUCGAGGAUAAAGUAGAUUUCAGUUUAGUAUAUGCAGAAGUACAUCAGACUGUAAGUUAAUUUGUUUUGGACAAAUCAUUUUAAUCAGAUUUAAUCAGACAUCCUCUAGUGCCUUGAUUCUCCCGCACAAGAAUCACAAGUUGUUCUUCAUUUUCUGUAUGAAGAAAAAAAAAUGGCAUAUACUUUGUUUGAAUUAUGCAACUAAUAAGCUAAUAAUUCUACAUCUAUUUUCGGAACCACACUCACAAUUUGCAUCAGCUGCGAUGCUGUGACAGAAGUGUGUUGAUGGAGCAUAGCAUCUCUGUGCCAGACUUCCAUUUGUUCACGCAAAUAAAACUGCUGCUACUACA